AUGUGCAUACUCAAAGAAGGGGUGGCUACCAGCUGCAUGGUAAUGGAUGGAGACGUGGUGCUCACAGACAAAUGGUUUGCUUCCUAGUGAUUCUGUGCCGCAUGUUACCCUUCUCGUGGGAUUUGGAUAUGAGGCAAGAUCUCUGGGACCAGCGGUAAAGGCAGCAAGUUGCCUACGGUGGAACAAAACCUCAUGUUACAACGUGGAAAGCGCAUUCCUUGAGGGAAAUCAAGUAUGGAGAAUUAAACUCAAUGUGGAUGAUGUGUGAGGAGGUUGAGGUGGUCACGUUACCAUGGCAGGGAAAUGACUGAUCAUCCGGAUACUCCUAACAUUUUCAAUCAACUACCAGAGGAACUGUGGACAACAAGUGCUGAAGAUGUGGGGCUGGUUGAUGUAGAACCAGUGGUUGUCUCCAUUCGAAAGGAAAGUGAACUCACUAUCCCAGUUCACAAAUCUCAAUACCCUCUCAGUGAAGAGAAGAUGAGGGGAAUUGAGCCUACGAUAUCAGGACUCCAAAAAGGACAGGUUAUAUAUCCAACCUGUGCUGCGUGGAAUACACCCAUCCUUCCAGUAAAGAAAGGUGACACUGGGAAAUGGAGGAUGGUGCAGGACUUCAGACCAAUCAACGAAGUAACUGUACCAGAUGUUCGACCUGUACCAGACCCAUAUCUGGCCUUACAGAACAUUUCACCCACGCAAGAUUGGUUUACAGUGGUGGAUCUCGCCAAUGCAUUUUUCUGCAUCCCAUUACAUCCAGAGUCCCAGCCACUUUUUGCAUUUACCUACAGAGGGCAGCAAUUUACGUAUUCCCGACUUCCACAAGGCUAUCGUGAUUCCCCGGGAAUCUUCAACGCUAUCCUGAAGAGCCACUUGGAAGAACUAACAUUACCUGAGGGGGUGACGCUACUCCAAUACGUUGACGGUCUUCUGUUGGCAGCACCCAAUGCUGAGUCUUGUUUGCAGGCCACCAAGUCCCUUCUCCGGUUGGUAGCCAAAAAGGGAUACAAGGUGAAGAAAGAGAAAGUGCAGUGCUGUCAGAGAAGUGUCCAGUUCCUGGGUAGAGUGCUGUCAGGGAAGGGACAAGCUGUGUCUAUGGCCCAGAGGACCUCCAUCUUGGAACAUCCCAAACCUACUACUGUACAACACCUUUUGUCAUUUCUUGGCCUUACUGGAUAUAGCAGAACGCACGUGCCAGAAUACUGCCUUAAAGUGGAACCACUGCGGGCAAUCUUGAGAGAAGCAGGAAACAGAAACCUCACAGCAGUCCUUAAGUGGACUCCAGAGGCAGAGGCAGCUUUAAUCCAACUCAAACAGACGCUGGCGCAGGCUGAAGCACUGUCCUUACCCGAUUACACCACGCCAUUCUGUUUGGAUGUUUCUGAGCAGGACGGUUAUGUACAUUCCAUCCUGUAUCAGAAACAAAGGGGGGAAAGAAGAGUGUUACACUACUACAGCGCGAAACUGGACAACAUUGAAACAGGACAAACUGACUGUGCCAGACACAUGGCUGCCAUUGCAAAAGCUAUAGGUAAAACAGCCCACAUUGUGAUGAGACAUCCACUUGAAAUCAAUACAGAACAUGGGGUGACCGCUUUUAUAGGCUCCAAACUUUUCACACUGUCCAGCAGGGGCGGCCUGUUCAAUAGGGCGAUAUGGGCGACGCACUGCCAAACGGGAAAAGGAAGGGAUUUUUUUUCUAAUCAAUUAUAUCACGGCAACAGUAGUUAUCAGUGUUGUAAUCUAUACGUCUGAUCUGCCACAGUGCCACACUGCCACUAAAUGUCGAAUCAGGCUAAAGUCGUGCUUCAAAUGGCUCCCCCCCCUUUUGGGGCGAUUUCAGUCAGGUUGAAAAUCGCCCAGAAGUCUGUCAUAGACUCCCAUGUAAAAUCUAUUUUUUUCAAAUUUCAGAGCCUUCAAUACAAUCUCAAUGGGUGUCUGUGGGCUUGCACUUACGCGCUUUCGUCAUACGUUACGUAACCAUGAACGUAACUGAGAAAAGAGUGGAUUGUUUGAAAGAAGUUCCUUUUUGUCGGCGAACAAAUGAAGAUAAAUUGGCAACGAAACAAUUAGGACCUCCCAGACCAAAUUUAAUAAUUCAACAGGUUUCUACUAAAGGCGGAAAGUCCUACACCCGAGGAUUUUCCAAAAAUUGGUACGAACGAAAAAAGACAUUGCCACUCACUCAACUGGAUGACGAGGGAUACAGGCUAGCUGUCCGCCGCCACAACGAUGAGGUUAGUGUUGAUAAUCACAAGUUUACUGGAGAACCAACUGAGACCAAGUAGAGACUUUGGACAGGGUGGAUAUGGUGUAAUAAAGGCAGUUUAUUCAGAGGUAAAUAUAUCUGGAAUCGCGUUCACGGACCCGUUCGUCAAACUCUUAGGGAGCUAUAACUUAAGCCCCAUUACUUACCAUAUCAGAUAAGAGAAAUUGCUGCAGCUACAUAUAUUUUACAUCCUGGCCCUACAUAGUUCACUAUUUGCAUCACUUACCAAAAUAUUACAUGUGGUCAUAUAUGCUUGGAAAGUGGAGAUGCCAUAGAACGUCAAAAAAGUAAACAUUGCUGGAGACACAUUGCCGUUUUGGAGAAGACAUCGCGUUUGCUAGCGAAGAGAUUUGUUGUGGCAAAUGAACUUGGGCUGGGAAUUGCCAGGAACCUCACGAUAAGAUAUAUGCAUCAGCAUUGCGAGUCUCAUGAUUCUAUACGUAUUGCGAUUCGAUACUGUGAUUUUAUUGCGCACCAUAUGUCUGUUGCAGAGGGAUCAGAAAGCCAUGAGAACGAGUUUUGAUCAGUCAUGGAAAUAAAAGUGCUAAAAACAAAUUGGCUCCCAAUGUGAAAAGAUUGAGAACAAGCUAUGAAGGAACAAUAAUGGUGUUUUGGUGCAGGUACAGCCAACUAGCGCUAAAAUAUUGCGAUAUUGUCAAUACAGUAUAUCGUAAAGUAUCACUAUGUAACUCGAUUUCUUUCACCCCAAUCCCUCAAAUUAACGGUAAAUAACUGAAUUGUUUGCCCCACAUUUAGCUAAGAUGAUUAGCUAGCCAGCUAAAAUGUUUUAUUUAGUUAGCAGUCGCAUCUACAAUAGUUUACUGUCAAUAACAUGUCUCCAAAAAUGACGUGGUGUCUCCAAUUGUGUUGACAUUUUACAAUUGCAAUGCGCAUCCAUGAGUAUCCACUUUCUGUAGCUCAGCUGGUAGAGCAUGGUGCUUGUAACGCCAAGGUAGUGGGUUCGAUCCCCGGGACCACCCAUACACAAAAAUGUAUGCACGCAUGACUGUAAGUCGCUUUGGAUAAAAGCGUCUGCUAAAUGGCAUAUUAUUAUUAUUAUUAUUAUUAUUAUUAUCUGAAGAGAGCCCCGAAACAUUGUGUGCAGACAUUUUAUGCAAUAAAUGAAGUAGGUUCAAUCUAGUAGUUCUGAUCUUCUGAUUGGUCCUGAUGAGUUGGGCGAGGUCACCUCCAGGCUACUGUCACUGUUGCAUUGGCUCUGAGUCGGGUUCUCUGUCUUCAAAUGUUCAGCCUAAGAGAGGGGAUUUUUGUGUGUGUGUGUGUGUGUGUGUGUGUGUGUGUGUUUAACAGUGAUGAUGUGUGUGUGUGGUGUGUGUUUAACAGUGAUGAUGUGUGUGUGUGUGUGUUUGUGUGUGUGUGUGUCCUCAGAGCAAGAACUCGUGAGUUGGAAGAACUGAGAGGCCUAUGGCGUGGGUGUUGUCCUUGGCCACCUGCUGACAAGGCUGACAAGAUAGGACCCUUUUGUCCAUUGUUAUUGGAUAGGAACAGAACUUAUAACCAGCUCCUGACCUAAAUAGAUCUUAGCACAACAUUUUACUCAACAUAUCAUAUUCCAUAUUCACUAUAACAAAUAUAUUUACUACGACAUUAGCAAGAACCGCCACAUCCUCAGCCGGCUAAUCCAGUGUGUGAAGUUUUGCGGAGUGUUUGAGUUAGCUUUGCGAGGCAAAGAUGAAACUGAGGGCUCCACCAACCCUGGUAAGCCAACACUUUUGAGAUCAGUCAAUAAAUGCUUCUGGUAUUGAUUUAUAUGCUGCCCCUGUCUUCAUGUUGUUGCUGGACAUAUCUUUUUUUAAAUGUGUGUAGGUCACCUAAAUCAUCAGAAAAAUUGCCCCUCCUGAGAAUUUUUUCAGGAGCCGCCACUGCUGUCCAGUAAAUGAAAAUCCAGCAUAACAAAGGCCAUCACUGCAAAGCACAUUACAUAUGUGACAACAGCAACAAAUAUGACCGAUGGUAUGGGUCUUGGAGAACCACAUGUCUGUGAGGAUAGAGCAGCCAAACAGAUCAAAGUCCGAAUGGACCUGCAAAACUCACCCUUGGAGGGGAACAAAAUCACCCUGUUCACUGAUGGAUGCUGCUACAGGUCAAAGGACCCAAAGGAAGGAAACACUGCUGCCUAUGCAGUGGUGAAACAAGACACAGAAGGAGGACAUGAAGUAACGGAAGCAGAGAAACUUGGUCCCAAUGAAGCUUCAGCACAGCUAGCUGAACUUAGGGCGUUGAGGAGAGCUCUACAACUAAGUGAAGGAAAGAAUGUGGACAUCUACACAGACUCUGCCUAUGCACAUGGGAUUGCACACAUUGAUGGACCACAGUGGAUGAGGAGAGGAUUUGUGACCAGCUCAAAUGAGCCCAUUAAACACAAGAUUGAAGUACAGAAGUUAAUUGAUGCAAUCCAGCUUCCCAAACGAGUAGCAAUAAUGAAGUGCAAAGGUCACAGCAGAGAAAGCACCAGAGUGCGUGAAGGAAAUUAUCGGGCUGAUCAAGCAGCAAAAGAUGCAGGAGGAUACAAUGCCCAGCAGAUGGUGCAACGAGCCACUCAAGGACAGGAGGAGUUGACGACAGACACAGUAAGACAGUUGCAAGAAGCAGCAGGCGCCUACGAACAGAAUGUAUGGAGCAGACAGGGAGCAAGGCAAGACCAUCAUGGGAUUUGGAGAUCUCACACAGGAAAAACAGUGGGACCUGCAAAACUCCUCAGAUCAAUCUUAAGGGAAGAGCAUGAGAAGGCUCAUGGAGGAUGGAAAAGUGUCGCAAAAUCAGUUGAGAAAGCAUGGUGGCAUCCACACAUGUUGGACAUGGCAAGAGAGACAUCAGAGAGCUGUGAAGUGUGCAAACAAUACAACAACAAAGUGUCACUUGGAGCAGUGAUAGGCAGCUUCCCAAUACCUGAUGCACCAUUUCAAGACAUUUGCAUAGAUUUCACGGACAUGGGACAGGACAACAAAGUGGAAGGAAAAAGGUACCUGUUAGUAAUGGUGGACAGAUUCACCAGAUGGGUGGAAGCCAUCCCCACAGCAAGAGAAGACGCAAAGGCCGUGAUUAAGUGGCUGAGGCGAGACCUCAUUCCAAGGUUCGGGGUCCCGCGAAUGGUCCGUUCUGACAACGGUACCCAUUUCAAGAAUAAACACCUGAGGGAGGUAGAGCAGGCCCUAGGAAUCACCCACAAGUUUGGGUCAGUAUACCACCCCCAAUCGCAGGGACUCGUAGAAAGAGCUAACCAAUCGCUGAAACAAAAAAUGGCCAAAAUCAUGGCCGGAACUAAACUGAAAUGGGUAGAUGCCCUACCCCUUGCUCUAAUGUCAAUGAGAAAUUCACCUGGGUCUGAUACCCACUUGACUCCACAUGAGCUUAUGACAGGACGCAGAAUGCCAGGGCCACCAGCAGACAAUCUUAGUAUGCCUAGGCUAGAUAUUGCAAAAAUCAGAUACACAGACUACAUGCAGGCACUAAUUUCUCUUGUUGAAAGAUUGUCCAAACAGGUGGUGGAAGUGCGCACUCCUGCUGUUGAAACCACGGACGAGAACAGAGACAUCCUGGUGGGAGAUUGGGUGAGAGUGAAGGUGCAUUCCAGGAAGUGGACGGAGCCAAGGUGGGAAGGGCCUUUUCAGGUGAAAGAGGUAUCAAGUCACUCGCUGAGGGUAAACACGAGUAAGAAGGACGUGUGGUACCACAGAACACAUUGUGCCAAAGAUAUAGUUCCAGGAAGAACUCUAGAUCAAGUACAACAGGACUUGGCUGCAGAAGGGGAGGAUGUUAUGGUUAGUAGCGGGGCUGGCCCUAUGGGGAACAGUGACUUCCAGUCAGUAUCAUAA